CUAAGAGAUUAUAUAACGGUAUAUCUUAACGACGUCUUAGUGUACUUAAGUAAGAGCCGAAAGGACUAUAUAAGAAAGGUAUAUAAGAAAUGUAUAUUCGUAGUAAAGGAAGUUAAGUAUCUAAGGUAUAUUAUAGAGGUAGAGGUCUAUAUCUAUCCUAACCCUAAGAAGAUCAAGGCUAUUCGUAAGUAG